GACUCGAGUCACCACGUACACUGACAAUUGUUCUACGCAUUGUUCCGAUAACAAUAUACCUAUGAUUUGGGAUAUUUUCGGGGCAUUGUCAUCCAUCGUAAAGUACUGUCCCGUAGCCACUAUCGCAUGACUGUAUUUUGUGAACUUCAGUAGAACCAACGGACGCCAACUGCUGCGAAAUACGGAUCAAUUCGCCAACCAAGCAUACACUGGGGGAGAUCUAAACACAGACAUGGGCUGUGGGUCGAGCUCAUCGGCCGACGAUUUGACGGCGGAGGAGCAUGAAAAGGCUUUUACGGUGUUCCGAAAGAUUGAUGUCGAUCACAGCGGCUUUCUGACGAUAAACGAACUGCGAACCGCACUGAAAGAGACAGGAGACGUCUCAGACGAAGACGUAGACAAGAUGAUGGAAGCGAUUGACGACGAUGGUGAUGGAGUCAUCGAAUUCAAUGAGUUCAAACAACUCUGGAAAGCUGGAAGGGAUGCAACAUGAAGAGACGCUCAGAACAUUUUUUUUUUCAAUAAGAUAUGCCAAAGGAAUUUCCUAUUUACAUUAUAAUUUUAAAUCAGUAGAAUGUCGAGCAGUAGCAGAACACUAAUCAUGUCCGGCUGAGAUUAUUCGUAAAAGUUUAUAAAGCAAAAAAAAAAAUCAUGUGAAGCAAUCCCCAAAUUAAGAUCAAGGUGUUAUCAUGGCUGUCGGAGUUGGUACUUGUUGGAUCGUGCACGGCGAAUCACGUAAUCGACAUCAACUAUAUUUUGCCGUCUAGGUAUCCAUGACCACUUGCUGCCAUCAAAGUUACCAGGGUGCAAUCGAAGAAAUUAAAGGGCGGCAGUCGUCGUGCCGCGUCUUGUUCGACGUGGGACUCAUAGCGACGUAUACAACGCGUGUAAAUACACAUGAAAUUCGAACACGCGCAGCGCGACGACCACCGCCCUUUAAAGAAAUUUACGUAGACUGUCUUUCAACCAAUCAUGCCGUCCAUCUAACUAUAUUAUCUCGCAAUUGUCUAUAUUUGAGAAAACAUAACCAAUAGAAUACAUGCGGGAUUUCUCGAAAUAUUACAUGAAAUAUUGUAGAAGUUUUAUCGAUGUAUAUACAUGUCCAUGCUUCGUUUGUGUUCAUACUCAAAACUCUUUGUGGGGGAAAUCUGUUCAAGCCAACGUAUCCAGUCGCCAUUUGCUAAGCAAACGCGCAAUGAAUGCUGGGACCCGUCAAUUUUAUAAUUGAGCUUUGCUCGCUAGAUGGCGCAUUUCCACUGGUAACAAGUCAAAUGGCGUCUCUUACCGCUUCUAAUAUCACAUAUCUAGCGACAAAAUACGAAAUAAUGAGAAACGCAAAUACAAAAAGAUAGUCAACCAAUAUGUACUGCCGAUAACACCCGAGCGGAGCGAAACGACCGAUCUGCCUAGUCGCCGUUACAGUGAGAGUACAGUGAUAAUAUUGUGAUUGUUUCUCCGGUAAGCAGUGCGCGCGAUGUAUAUAAUAAUAGUACAACACUAUUUCUGUUUAUAUAAAAACUAGCGUUUGAACCCAACGGUUAUUAACGCCCACAUUUACCGCAGCUAGAUUAGGAGUAGCAGUAAAACGAUAAACGGGGUCAAAAUAAACUCGCUCGCGACUCCUGGAAAAAAUAUACUACGUGACUGUGGCUGGGAGAGGGGUCAAUGACUGACUGACAUAUGACGACAGUUUAAAAAAAAUGCAAACAUCACGCAUUGCAGUGCUUUUAAAAGCUGAUUCUCGUGCGUUUUCACGAUUGGGUUUUGGUCUGCACUUAAGUUCUGUAUGAAAUUACUAUGUUAGCUGCAGGUAAUGUGGCGCCAAUAACUGUUGACUUCGAGCACUAGUUUGUCAUAUAAACAGAUUGAAACACAGUUCACUACUGUAAAAAUCGCGCAGUGCUUAUCGACGAAACAAUCAUAGUGGUAAUACUUUUACGCUCACUGUAAUCGUCAUUGGCGACUACGCCGAGUGGUCGUUUCGCUCCGCUCACGUGUUACCGGUAGUAGUUAUGUGAACACUGCGCCAAAAGUAACCAGACCGUACACCAUCCGUCACGGUGCAGUAGCUGAGUGUCACGUUGACCUUCGCGUUGACAACGAUUCUACCCUAUGAGAUCAAACAGCUUGUUUUAAUCUGAAUGAGUCGUACAUUAGUGAUGACACAUCUUAAUAUAUAUUAAUUUGGAAUAAAUGAGUUGUUUAUAAUAAUUAUUUUAA